UUUCCAAUAUGGCAGCGUUGUGGUGCAGUGCGUGCAGUGCGUGCGGCAGCGAACUGGCAGCGAUGUCGCAUUUUCUCGCGUAUUUCAGCCGUCAUUCUGCGUAGCCCCAACCGAUCAGCAUUUUAACGAUCAUCCGGCACACCAUGACGCCUCCUAAAAUGAAGAAGCUGGACAAACCUCACGAACAUCAGCGACUGUACAAAUUGUCCCAUCAGGUGCUCUGCAUCACAAGCAUAAAUUUCCAGCGCCAAUCGCUAAUCGGUUUCGUCGAGUUGACCUUGUUUCCGACCAAAUCAGACCUAAGAUGGAUCAGGAUCAACUGCAAGCAAAGUCGUGUCUACCGGAUACGCAUCAACGACCAAUUCGAGUGUGCAUUCCAGUACAACGAUCCCACAUUGGACAUAUGCCCUGGAGAAAACAAACUACGGAACAUCGACACCUUCUCGGCCGCCCACAUGGCGGCUGUGAAAUCGGUCGACCCUGGCUAUGGAAAUGGGGAGAUCUCUGUCAGAAUACCCUCGGAAGCUUCCCACCUCGUACAAGAGGGCAAAGCCUUCCGAGUCAGCGUCGAGUUCUCUUUGGAGAAGCCGCAGGGCGGCAUACACUUCGUGGUACCCGAAUGCGAGGGAUCUCUUGCAGAGCGUGGUGUUCAUGUCUUCACCUACGGCCACGAAAACUCUUCAAGGCUGUGGUUCCCGUGCAUAGACUCGUACGCGGACCCCUGCACGUGGAAGAUGGAGUUCACUGUGGACUCUAACAUGAUCGCUGUGUCGUGCGGGGACCUCGUGGAAACUGUCUACACAUCGGACAUGAGGAAGAAGACUUUUCACUACAACCUCACCACGCCCACGUCGGCGCCGAAGAUUGCACUGGCUGUAGGGCCCUUCGAGAUCUUUGUGGACCCUCAGAUGCACGAGGUGACGCAUUUCUGCCUCCCGCACCUGCUGCCCCUCCUGAAGCAGUGCACCAACUUCCUUCAUGAGGCUUUUGAGUUCUAUGAGGAACUCCUUUCAAGUCGGUACCCGUACUCAUGCUACAAGCAGGUGUUCGUCGCCGAGGCCUACGUUGAUGCAGACCCAUAUGCGACAUUGACCAUCCUGAGCGUGAACCUUCUGCACUCGAAGCACAUCAUCGACGAAGCGUACCUCUCGCGCAAAAUCAUGGCUAAGGCAGUGGCCGAGCAGUUCUUCGGCUGUUUCAUUGCCAUGCACACAUGGGCCGACUCUUGGCUGCCCAAGGGGAUCUCGGCAUACCUCGCCGGCCAGUACAACAAGAAGGCGUUUGGGAACAACGAGUACAGGUUCUCAGUUCACAAGGAACUGAAGGAAGUGACAGCCUACGAACAGGAAGCGGGUGGCAUCAUACUGGACCCGAGUGGUUGCGACGUGCCCUUCCACUUUCCGGUCACAAACUUGCACACGAUGUCGCCAAAGUAUGCCGAGAUGUUGCGUGCCAAGUCCCACCUCGUCAUUCGCAUGCUCGAAGACCGCAUCGGAAGGGAACUGCUGUUGCAGGUGUUCAACAAACUCCUUUCGCUCGCAAGUUCUGCAGCUCAGCAAAAGGUCACUUCUAACAUGUGGCAUAACAUGCUCCUGUCGACAAACAGCUUCCAGAAGGCAAUUUUUAUAGUGACUGGAAAGGAUAUCAAGACCUUCCUGGAGCAGUGGGUCCGUCAAGGUGGUCACGCAAAGUUUCAUGGCACGUUCGUCUUCAACCGCAAACGCAACACUGUGGAGCUCGAAAUAAAGCAGACCGACACGCAGUCACUGGGCAUCAAGAAAUACGUGGGUCCAUUAACCAUUACCAUCCAAGAGUUGGAUGGCACGUUCAAGCACAAUCUUCAGAUCGAAGAGAACGCCACCAAGCAUGACAUCACGUGCCACUCGAAGAGCAGGAGGAACAAGAAGAAAAAGAUUCCCCUCUGCACAGGUGAAGAGGUGGAUAUGGAUCUUUCUGCUAUGGAUGCCGACUCACCUGUGCUCUGGAUUCGGAUCGACCCCGACAUGCUGCUUCUCCGGCAGGUGGUAUUCAUCCAGCCCGACUACCAGUGGCAGUACCAGUUGCGCUACGAGCGGGACGUUACGUCUCAAAUUGAGGCAAUCGAAGCGUUGUCCCAGUUUCCGACCCCACAGACUCGUCUCGCGCUGACAGACACCAUCGAGAACGAGCACUGCUUCUACAGAGUUCGAUGCGCUGCUGCCUUCUGCCUGCGCCAGGUGGCCAACAACAUGGUGGCAACGUGGGCGGGGCCGCCGGCGAUGAUGACCAUCUUCAGGAAGAUGUUCGGCUCGCACUCGUGCCCGCACAUCAUCAGGCAGAACAACUUCUCGAACUUCCAACACUACUUUCUCCAGAAGGCGAUACCUGUGGCCAUGGCUGGUCUGCGAACCAUCCACGGCAUCUGUCCGCCAGAGGUCAUGAAGUUCCUGUUUGACCUUUUCAAGUACAACGAAAACAGCAAGAACAAGUUUUCCGACAACUACUACCGGACCGCGCUCAUCGAAGCCCUCGGCGAGACGGUCACGCCUGUUGUGUCCGUCCUGGCUCACGCGGGCCAGCCGAUCACCGUUGAGUCACUGUCGGCUGACACUAAGCUCAUCCUGGAGGAAAUCACCCGCUGCCUCAACCUCGAGAAGCUCUUGCCCUGCUACAAGUAUACGAUAACUGUAGGGUGUUUGAAGGCCAUUCGCAAGCUGCAGAAAAUGGGUCACCUUCCCAACAUAUCCGCGCUGUUCCGCGAGUACGCCCAGUACGGACUCUUUCUUGAUGUCCGCCUGGCGGCUCUGGAAGCUCUCGUCGACUACACGACAGUUGAUGGAAAUGCCGACGAUCUGAGCUUCCUGCUGGACAUUGUGGAGAAUGACCCUGUGCCCCGCGUCAGAUUGGCCCUGCUGCUGAUGCUAACGCAGAACCCGCCAUUCUCGCGGCGCGACGACAGCCCCUUCAACACCGAAGAGCUUGCCGAGAGGCUGUGGAAGCUGAUGAGUUCCGGACUCUCUCACGACUCGCGUCUGCGAUGUGCCGUGGUGGACUUGUAUUACGUCUUGUACGGAAAGAGCCGGCCGUCGUGCCUGCCGGGACCAGACUCCAACCGCUCAUCAUUGUCUAUGGUGCUCAACCUGAAAGAAAAGAAAGCCAAGUUCCAGGCACCUGCAGCCCCUGAGGACGACUUCUUUUCGAUGAAACUUGAGCAAGGUAGCAUUGUGUCCGGCGUUGAGCUCCUGGCCGAGGCGGCCCUCACCGCGACCGAGCGGCUUGACACGCAGGUGAUUUUACUGGGGGACGCCGACCACAUCAAGACGGAGGAAGAGGCCAUUGUGACCACACAGUCGCUAGAAGCCACAGACAUCGAGGUUGCUCAGGUGGAGCAAGAAGAGGUGUACAUAGGAGCCGACGAACAGCAGCUGCAACACGAGCCGCCAGCCGAGCCAGAGACGGAGCCGGUCGAAGUAGUCGAGCAGCCACACCACGAACCCGAGAUGGCUGCUCACUCGGACGUGGAGCACAUGGAGGUCGAAGUUGAGGAGCCGGUAGUUGUGAUGCCAGUGCAGGCGCAAACAUCGGCGCAGCCGCAGCAAAGGGAGACGUCGCACAGCAGCGCAGAGUCUGGGCCCGUGGCCGUGCCGCUGGUUCCGAUUCAGCCGGCCGACAUCAACUACUCCGACGACUCGCAGUCCAAGUCACUCCCGGGGCUUACAGGUGCCUCGACCCACCACCAGCCGACCGGCUUUGACUCCAGCAUGUUCAAGAUGGGCACUCCACUUCCUGAAAUUUCACAGCCACAAGCCGUACCCCAGGCGGACGUCACUGUGCCGGCUCCUCCUUACCCAUCCGCUGUCACGGUGCCUGUGGGCGUGUUUUCCCUGUCCGUCACACCGUCGACGUCACUUGGUGGGGUUUCGUCCGCAACGGGCGGCGAAGCGGACGACGCCGGCGGCGCUGUCAGCGUCAGCUCCAAGGUGCAUAAGGACAAGAAGAAGAAGAAGAAGAAAGACAAGAAACACAAGCACAAACACAAGCACCGCAGCCACGACCGACUGCUGGAGAAAGAGCGCUUCUACAGCUCGGGCGGCAGCACCAACCAGUCGCCGGCGCCAUUCGGAGGCGGCGCGUCAAGCAGUCCUCAACACGAGAUUAUUUGAGUGCUGCUCUGUGCAUUUAGAAUGGGAGCCCGCUGUUAAUGUUUAUGAUGUACAGCUAUGCCUUUUACCUGCGAACUUUUUUAAGGAGUCCGGGAGGGUCAUAGCAAGCAAGUUCAUGAGUGUGUGGUGACAGAGUGGAAGGACGGAACUGUUUUCGGUCUUAUUCCGGCGGUUGUUGAUUCCUUAAAAUGAAUGCUUGUUUGUGCGUGGUACGGGAUAGUGGCUUCAUCAUCACGUCCUUCAGCCUUCAAGCACAGGAUGAUCGUUUUGUGCUCAAGUGGUGGCGAACUUCAAGCUGUCGUAGCCUGCAGCAUUGAAUGUGCGAUCAGUUGCCGUAAUGGCGGGCAAUGCUCGUAGAGCGUGGCAACCAGCGCGGCAAUGGCAAGACACAAUACGAGGUCUUGCAACACCUCCAAGCGAAGGCGGAAUGCAAACUUUGCGGUACUUGACCAUCCGAGCGUACAAGUGAAACAGAUUGCAAGCGUAUUGAUUCGUGUAGCCCGUUGCUGCGAAGAAUUCUUUCGCUGCUAGGGGUUUCGUGAAAGCAAGUGGCUUCAGUCACAGACGUGUAAAAUGACCCUCAGGGCACGAUCCGGCCUGCGAGUGUGCGUAAAUGGUCUGUGGUAAAAAGACGUUUUGCUGACAUUUUGUUUGGUGUGGAUGGCUAGAUUGUUACACUAGUGUGUUGCCUCGAGCGGGAAACGAAAGUCUCGAAGAUGUGUAAAAUAAAUCAGUUGUGCAAGUCCGUCAAAUUGGGAACCUUCCGGAAAAGACGUUCACCAGAAAU